CCCAGGAAAUUCAACUCACUCAACCUCAGAUCUCUAGCGGAGGAGAAAAGCCAGUAAGGGAGCUGAGGACCAGUAAGUCAGUCUCCAGAGAAUGCAGCUCACCGACAUUUCCGGACAGGUUACCAACUAAGCGAUCCAGCCCUGUCUCAGUCCCAUUGCUCCCUAAGGUUAGAGCUGGCCCGGUUCCUGGAAAGGUGUUUGUGGAAUAAAGAUGGAGGCCAGAGGGGAGCGCUUUCCUAAACAAAGGCAAGUUCUGAUUCUCUUUCUUUUGGUGGAAGUGGCUCUGGCAGGCUGGGAAUCCCGUCGCUAUUCCGUGAUGGAGGAAACAGAGAGUGGCUCAUUUGUGGCCAACAUAGCGACGGACCUAGGGCUGGGAGCGGGAGAGCUAGUUGCACGGGGAGCCCGGCUGGUCACUGAGGAUAAUGAAUCCCGAUUGCAGCUGGAUCUGCAGACCGGUGACUUGAUAUUAAAUGAGAAACUGGACCGGGAGGAGAUGUGUGGUCCAACCGAACCAUGUUUAAUGCAUUUUCAAGUGUUACUGAAAAAACCAUUGGGAGUAUUUCGAGCUGAGCUACUGGUGAGAGACAUAAAUGAUCAUUCUCCUGAGUUUUCUGAAACAGAAAUGACGCUGAAAAUCCCAGAAAAUAGCCCUCCUGGGACCGUGUUUCCUCUGAAAAGAGCCCAGGAUUUGGACGUGGGUAACAACAACAUCCAAAACUACAGCAUCAGUCCCAACUCUCAUUUCCAUGUUUCCAUCCGCAACCGGGGUGACGGCAGGAAAUACCCAGAGCUGGUGCUGGACAAAGAGCUGGAUCGUGAGGAGCAGGCCCAGCUUAGAUUAACCCUCACAGCACUGGAUGGCGGCUCUCCACCCCUGUCUGGUUCCGCCCAGGUCCACAUCUUGGUCUUGGACAUCAAUGACAAUGCUCCCGACUUUGCACAGACGCUGUACCAAGUGCAGGUCUCAGAGAACAGCCCUGUAGGUUCCCUAGUUGUCAAGGUUUCUGCUAGAGAUUUAGACACUGGAACAAAUGGAGAGAUAUCAUACUCCCUUUCUUAUAGUUCUCAGGAGAUAAGCACAACUUUUGAAGUAAAUAGCCUUUCAGGAGAAGUUCGACUAAUCAAAAAACUAGAUUUUGAGACAAUAUCCUCAUAUGAGCUGGAUAUAGAUGCCUCUGAUGGUGGGGGACUUUCUGGAAAAUGCUCUGUCUCCAUUGAGGUGGUGGAUGUUAACGAUAACUCCCCAGAACUAACUAUUUCAUCACUUACCAGCCCCAUUCCUGAAAAUUCACCCGAGACAGAAGUGGCUCUGUUUCAGAUUCGAGACCGAGACUCAGGGAACAACGGAAUGAUGGCUUGCUCCAUCCAAGAUGAUCUCCCCUUCCUCCUGAGACCAACUGAAGAGAAUUUCUACACCCUGGUAACAAAUGGGGCUCUGGACAGAGAGACCAGAGCCGUGUAUAAUGUCACUAUUACAGUUACCGACUUGGGGACACCCAGGCUGAAAACCCAGUGCAACAUAACUGUAUUGGUCUCUGACGUCAAUGACAACGCCCCUGCCUUCACCCAAACCUCUUACACCCUGUUCAUCCGCGAGAACAACAGCCCCGCCCUGCACAUAGGCAGCGUCAGCGCCACAGACAGAGAUGCGGGAGCCAACGCCCAGGUCACCUACUCGCUGCUGCCGCCCCAGGACCCGCACCUGCCCCUGGCCUCGCUGGUGUCCAUCAACGCGGACAACGGCCACCUGUUCGCCCUGAGGGCGCUGGAUUUCGAGGCCCUGCAGGCGUUCGAGUUCCGCGUGGGCGCCACGGACCGCGGGUCGCCCGCGCUGAGCAGCCAGGCGCUGGUGCGCGUGCAGGUGCUGGACGCCAACGACAACUCGCCCUUCGUGCUGUACCCGCUGCAGAAUGGCUCUGCGCCCUGCACCGAGCUGGUGCCCAGGGCGGCCGAGCCGGGCUACCUGGUGAGCAAGGUGGUGGCGGUGGACGCGGACUCGGGCCAGAACGCCUGGCUGUCGUACCAGCUGCUCAAGGCCACGGAGCCCGGGCUGUUCGGCGUGUGGGCGCACAACGGCGAGGUGCGCACGGCCCGGCUGCUGAGCGAGCGCGACGCGGCCAGGCACAGGCUGGUGGUGCUGGUCAAGGACAAUGGCGAGCCGCCGCUGUCGGCCAGCGUCACGCUGCACGUGCUGCUGGUGGACGGCUUCUCGCAGCCCUACCUGCCGCUGCCCGAAGCGGCGGCCGACCCGGCCCAGGCCGACCCGCUCACCGUCUACCUGGUCAUCGCGUUGGCGUCGGUGUCGUCGCUCUUCCUCUUCUCGGUGCUGGCGUUCGUGGCGGUGCGGCUGUGCAGGCGGAGCAGGGCCGGCUUGGUGGGUGGCUGCUCGGUGCCUGAGGGCCACUUUCCCGGCCACCUGGUGGACAUCAGCGGCACAGGGACCCUGUCCCAGAGCUACCAGUAUGAGGUGUGUCUGACGGGAGACUCUGGGAGUAAUGAGUUCAAAUUCUUGAAACCUAUCUUGCCCAAUAUUCUAGGCCAGGACAUUGGGAGGAAGUCAGAGGGAAAUCCAACAUCCCAUAAUAGUUUGGGUAUCUGA